AUGAUGUGUGAAGUGAUGCCCACGAUUAACGAGGACACCCCAAUGAGCCAAAGGGGGUCCCAAAGCAGUGGCUCGGACUCAGACUCCCAUUUUGAGCAACUGAUGGUGAAUAUGCUAGAUGAAAGGGAUCGUCUUCUAGACACCCUUCGAGAGACCCAGGAAAGCCUCUCACUCGCCCAGCAAAGACUUCAGGAUGUCAUCUAUGACAGAGAUUCACUCCAGAGACAGCUCAAUUCAGCCCUGCCACAGGAUAUCGAAUCCCUAACAGGAGGGCUGACUGGUUCUAAGGGGGCUGAUCCACCGGAAUUCGCUGCAUUGACAAAAGAAUUAAAUGCCUGCAGGGAACAACUUCUAGAAAAGGAAGAAGAAAUAUCUGAACUUAAAGCUGAAAGAAAUAACACAAGACUAUUACUGGAGCAUUUGGAGUGCCUUGUGUCACGACAUGAAAGAUCACUAAGAAUGACGGUGGUAAAACGGCAAGCCCAGUCUCCCUCAGGAGUAUCCAGUGAGGUUGAAGUUCUCAAGGCACUGAAAUCCUUGUUUGAGCACCACAAGGCCUUGGAUGAAAAGGUAAGGGAGCGACUGAGGGUUUCUUUAGAAAGAGUCUCUGCACUGGAAGAAGAACUAGCUGCUGCUAAUCAGGAGAUUGUUGCCUUGCGUGAACAAAAUGUUCAUAUACAAAGAAAAAUGGCAUCAAGUGAGGGAUCCACAGAGUCAGAACAUCUUGAAGGGAUGGAACCGGGUCAGAAAGUCCAUGAAAAGCGUUUGUCCAAUGGUUCUAUAGACUCAACUGAUGAAACUAGUCAAAUAGUUGAACUACAAGAAUUGCUUGAAAAGCAAAAUUAUGAAAUGGCCCAAAUGAAAGAACGUUUAGCAGCCCUUUCUUCCCGAGUGGGAGAGGUGGAACAGGAAGCAGAGACAGCAAGAAAGGACCUCAUUAAAACAGAAGAAAUGAACACCAAAUAUCAAAGGGACAUUAGGGAGGCCAUGGCACAGAAGGAAGAUAUGGAAGAAAGAAUCACGACCCUUGAGAAACGUUACCUCAGUGCUCAGAGAGAAUCUACCUCCAUACAUGACAUGAAUGAUAAACUAGAAAAUGAGCUGGCAAAUAAAGAGGCCAUCCUACGGCAGAUGGAAGAGAAAAACAGACAGUUACAAGAACGUCUUGAGCUAGCUGAACAAAAGUUGCAGCAGACUAUGAGAAAGGCUGAAACCCUACCUGAAGUAGAGGCUGAACUAGCUCAGAGAAUUGCUGCCCUAACAAAGGCUGAAGAGAGACAUGGAAAUAUUGAAGAACGUAUGAGACAUCUAGAAGGUCAACUUGAAGAGAAGAAUCAGGAACUUCAAAGAGCUAGGCAAAGAGAGAAAAUGAAUGAGGAGCAUAAUAAGAGGUUAUCCGAUACUGUUGAUAGACUUCUGACUGAAUCCAAUGAACGCCUGCAACUACACUUAAAGGAAAGAAUGGCUGCUCUAGAAGAGAAGAAUGUUUUAAUUCAAGAAUCAGAAACUUUCAGAAAGAAUCUUGAAGAAUCUUUACAUGAUAAGGAAAGAUUAGCAGAAGAAAUUGAAAAGCUGAGAUCUGAACUUGACCAACUGAAAAUGAGAACUGGCUCUUUAAUUGAACCCACAAUAUCAAGAACUCAUCUAGACACCUCAGCUGAGUUGCGGUAUUCAGUUGGGUCCCUAGUGGACAGCCAGUCUGAUUACAGAACAACUAAAGUAAUAAGAAGACCAAGGAGAGGCCGCAUGGGUGUGCGAAGAGAUGAGCCAAAGGUGAAAUCACUUGGGGACCAUGAGUGGAAUAGAACUCAACAAAUUGGAGUACUAAGCAGCCACCCUUUUGAAAGUGACACUGAAAUGUCUGAUAUUGAUGACGAUGACAGAGAAACAAUUUUUAGCUCAAUGGAUCUUCUCUCUCCAAGUGGUCAUUCUGAUGCCCAGACUCUAGCCAUGAUGCUUCAGGAACAAUUGGAUGCCAUCAACAAAGAAAUCAGGCUGAUUCAGGAAGAAAAAGAAUCUACAGAGUUGCGUGCUGAAGAAAUUGAGAAUAGAGUGGCUAGCGUGAGCUUGGAGGGUCUGAAUCUGGCGAGGGUCCACCCAGGUACCUCCAUCACUGCCUCUGUUACAGCUUCAUCACUGGCCAGUUCAUCUCCCCCCAGUGGACACUCAACGCCAAAGCUCACCCCGCGAAGCCCUGCCCGGGAAAUGGAUCGGAUGGGAGUCAUGACGCUGCCAAGUGAUCUAAGGAAACAUCGGAGAAAGAUUGCAGUGGUGGAAGAAGAUGGUCGGGAGGAUAAAGCAACAAUUAAAUGUGAAACUUCUCCUCCUCCUACCCCUAGAGCAGUCAGAAUGACUCACACCCUCCCUUCUUCCUACCACAAUGAUGCCAGAAGUAGUUUAUCUGCCUCUCUUGAGCCAGAAAGCCUUGGGCUUGGCAGUGCCAAUAGUAGCCAAGACUCUCUUCAUAAAGCUCCCAAGAAGAAAGGAAUCAAGUCUUCAAUAGGACGUUUGUUUGGUAAAAAAGAAAAAGCUCGACUUGGGCAGCUCCGAGGCUUUAUGGAGACUGAAGCUGCAGCUCAGGAGUCCCUAGGGCUGGGCAAACUGGGAACUCAAGCUGAAAAGGACAGAAGACUGAAGAAAAAGCAUGAACUUCUUGAAGAAGCUCGGAGAAAGGGAUUACCUUUUGCUCAGUGGGACGGGCCCACUGUGGUCGCAUGGCUAGAGCUCUGGUUGGGAAUGCCUGCUUGGUACGUGGCAGCCUGCAGGGCCAACGUGAAGAGUGGCGCCAUCAUGUCUGCUUUAUCUGACACCGAGAUCCAGAGAGAAAUUGGAAUCAGCAAUCCACUGCAUCGCUUGAAACUCCGAUUAGCAAUCCAGGAGAUGGUUUCCCUGACAAGUCCUUCAGCUCCUCCGACAUCCCGAACUCCUUCAGGCAACGUUUGGGUGACCCAUGAAGAAAUGGAAAAUCUUGCAGCUCCAGCAAAAACGAAAGAAUCUGAGGAAGGAAGCUGGGCUCAGACCCUGGCUUAUGGAGAUAUGAACCAUGAGUGGAUCGGAAAUGAAUGGCUUCCCAGCCUGGGGUUACCUCAGUACAGAAGUUACUUUAUGGAAUGCUUGGUAGAUGCCAGAAUGUUAGAUCACCUAACAAAAAAAGAUCUCCGUGUCCAUUUAAAAAUGGUGGAUAGUUUCCAUCGAACAAGUUUGCAGUAUGGAAUUAUGUGCUUAAAGAGGUUGAAUUAUGACAGAAAAGAACUAGAAAGAAGACGAGAAGCAAGCCAACAUGAAAUAAAAGAUGUAUUGGUGUGGAGCAAUGAUCGAGUUAUUCGCUGGAUACAAGCAAUUGGACUUCGAGAAUAUGCAAAUAAUAUUCUUGAGAGUGGUGUGCAUGGCUCACUGAUAGCCCUGGAUGAGAACUUUGACUAUAGCAGCUUGGCUUUAUUAUUACAGAUUCCAACACAGAACACCCAGGCAAGGCAGAUUCUUGAAAGGGAAUACAAUAACCUCUUGGCCCUGGGAACUGAACGGCGACUAGAUGAAAGCGAUGACAAGAAUUUCCGACGUGGAUCAACUUGGAGAAGGCAGUUUCCUCCUCGUGAAGUACAUGGAAUCAGCAUGAUGCCCGGGUCUUCAGAAACAUUACCAGCUGGAUUUAGGUUAACCACAACGUCUGGGCAAUCAAGGAAAAUGACAUCGGAUGUUGCUUCAUCAAGAUUGCAGAGGUUAGACAACUCCACUGUUCGUACAUACUCAUGUUGACAAGCCACUCAAAGGAGGCAGCACUGACCUGCUAUGUCGUCUUUUCAGUCUACUCUACCUAAAGUGCAC